GAGCAAACCUUGGCUCUGAGGAAAGAAGGGAUAGGUGUUGUGUUAGAUUCUGAACUGCCUCAUCUCAUUGGCAUUGAUGACGAUCUGCUCAGUACUGGUAUCAUCUUGUACCACUUGAAGGAGGGCCAAACAUGUGUUGGCAGAGAAGAUGCUGUGACAGAACAGGAUAUUGUUCUUCACGGCCUUGAUUUGGAAAGUGAGCAUUGCAUCUUUGAAAAUCUCAACGGCACCGUGAAUCUAAUACCACGGAAUGGAGCGCAAUGUUCUGUGAAUGGUAUUCAGAUUACAGAGGCCACACACCUAAACCAAGGUGCUGUGAUAUUACUUGGAAGAACCAAUAUGUUUCGCUUUAAUCACCCCAAAGAAGCUGCUAAGCUAAGGGAGAAAAGAAAGAGUGGGCUGCUGUCUUCCUUCAGCUUGUCUAUGACCGAUCUUUCAAAAUCUUGUGAGAACCUGUCAGCAGUUAUGCUUUAUAAUCCAGGUCUUUUCCCUGUAAAAGGACCGAUCUGUCUAAGGCUAGAAUUUGAGAGACAGCAACGAGAGGAGCUUGAAAAAUUAGAAAGUAAAAGGAAACAAAUAGAAGAGAUGGAAGAAAAACAAAGAUCCGACAAAGCAGAACUUGUAAGAAUGCAGCAAGAGGUAGAGUCACAGCGCAAAGAAACAGAAAUAGUACAACUGCAAAUUCGAAAACAGGAAGAGAGUCUGAAACGGAGAAGUGUUCACAUUGAGAGCAGGUUAAAGGAUUUGCUGGCUGAAAAAGAAAAAUUUGAAGAAGAAAGGUUACGGGAACAACAGGAAAUAGAACUUCAAAAGAAAAAGCAGCAGGAAGAAAUUUUUGGCCGGGUCAAAGAGGAGUUGCAGCGACUACAAGAACUGAAUCAUAAUGAAAAAGCAGAGAAAAUGCAGAUUUUCCGUGAACUAGAAAAACUUAAAAAGGAAAAAGAUGAACAGUAUAUUAAGCUGGAAUCAGAAAAAAAGAGACUUGAAGAACAAGAAAGGGAGCAGGUGAUGCUGGUGGCUCAUCUAGAAGAACAGCUGCGAGAGAAGCAGGUCAUGAUAGAGAUCCUGAAGAGAGGAGAUGUACAAAGAGUUGAAGAAGAGAAAAGAGAUCUUGAAGAUAUUAGAGAAUCUCUUUUGAAAGUCAAGGAAGCCCGAUCUGAAGGUGAUGAAAACUGUGAAGAGUUAGAAAAAGCACAACAUGAUUUCAUAGAGUUUAAAAGGAAACAACUGGAACAGUUAACUAUUUUGGAAAAAGAUUUAGUUCAACAAAUGGAUCACCUAGAAAAGGAAAUAGCCGAUGAAAAAAGAGCUCUGGAACACUUAAAAUUUGCACAUGAAGAACAUUUAAAUCUCAAGAGAGAUGAUGAAAACUUUGUGGAUGCUGUACUGAAGGCUGAAGAAGUUGACAAGAUAAAGCCAGUGGAGUACAGGCUCCAAUCAAAAGUACGCCAGCUUGAGUACCUGAGGAGUAAUCAUUUGCCAGCUCUGCUGGAAGAAAAACAAAGAGCUUCUGAAGUCCUUGACAGGGGUUUGUUAGGGUUAGAUAAUACUCUCUAUCAAAUAGAGAAAGAAAUAGAAGAAAAAGAAGAGCAGCUUGCCCAGUAUAGAGCUAGCACAAAUCAACUGCAGCAGCUUCAAGAAACGUUUGAAUUCACAGCCAAUGUAGCUCGUCAGGAAGAAAAGGUUCGGAAAAAGGAAAAAGAAAUCCUUGAAUCGAGGGAAAAACAGCAGAGAGAGGCACUGGAGCAAGCUGUUGCUAAGUUAGAAAGGAGGCACUCUGCUUUGCAACGUCGUUCGACAAUAGACUUUGAAAUUGAAGAGCAGAAACAGAAGCUUGCCACCUUGAACAACAGCUGCAGCGAACAGGCGGGUCUGCAGGCUAGUCUAGAAGCUGAGCAGAAGGCUCUUGAACAAGACCGAGAACGCCUGGACCAGGAAAUUCGGCAGCUGAAGCAAAAAAUAUAUGAGGGUGAUGGUGCUCAGAAAGGAAAUCAUGGAACGUUAGAAGAGAGACUGUCCCAUACCACUUCCCCUACCAGCCCAACAAAGCCACAUCCACCCACUACUCCGCUAGUUGAUGAUAGGAUCAAUGCCUUUAUUGAACAAGAAGUGCAGAGAAGGCUCCAGAAUAUUCAUCAUAAAGCUGAGGAUAAUGAUGUUAGCCCGUCCUGGUCUACAGAAAGUUUAAAGGGUAAUGAGAGGCUUAAUAAUGGCACUCUUCAACGCAAGCUGAAGUAUGAGAAUAGUCAACAGUGGCAGCCACAUUAUGGCUUUCCAUUUAUGUCUAAAGACGGCAAUUGUGCUUCUGAGUUGUGUGGAGAAAACACAGGAGUAAGAGACCAUAAAAGACCAAAGGAAUAUACAGAGAUGUGGGAUUUAUUUUCCAGUUCUGGAAGAAUCUCCUCCCCUUUUACAUCAGAGAAGGCAUUUGAGAAUGAAAGGAGUAAUUCAGAACAGGAGGGCUUUGCUUGUCGUUGUGACAUUGAAAGUAGUUUAAUUCACUCUAAAAAUAUUAAUACUUUAAAGAGUAAGAAUGUUCCUUAUCAGAAUGUUUUAUCUACUUCUUUACAAAGUCAUGACUUAAAUAAUGUGGCUUAUUCACUCUGCAAGGUUGAAAAUUUCAAUCAUUUUGACGAUAAAAUAAUUGCUUCUCAAAAUUGUGACAGCUCAAGAACUGAAUCUGAUUGUUCCCACUUGAAACAGCUGUCUCCUGUAGGAUCCUUAAUGGGUGCUAAUGAGCAGGCUGGCUUUAACAGCAUAUCAUACCUUCUCUUUUCUCAGUCUAAUGUGCAUUCUGAAAUAAUAACUUCUAAAGAAAACAGCCCAUUUAAGACUGUGCACCCGACAAUUGAAGACCAGUCUAGCAAUUCUCAGCUUCCAACACAAAAAGACUCUGAUUUGAUUUCUUUUAAGUCAAUAGCUUCUCGUUUUGAUGUGAGCCCAGAGCACACCUAUGGUUUGGGGUAUCUUUUCAGUAAGCUUUCCUGCCUUUACAAAGAUACCAGUCAUCAGCUGCUCAACAGUACGGUGGUUUCUAAACAAAUUAAAGAGUUGGGAAGCUUGUGUGACAGAAGCGAGAGAUGUGCACAAGCAGUAUCAUUAAUAAAAAAUCUGCCAUUUAUAAGAAACUUGCAAAUAAAUAUAUUCUUCAAGUCAGAUACGAAUCAAGAUGUGUCCCACUCUACUGAUGGUGCCAAGGCUCAUAGUGAAAAUGUCAUUCAGCCUGAAUCCCCUGUGCAGGAGGCUAUCACGAUGCGCGUAAGCACAGAAAUCUCCGAUGCCUGUGUGAAAAAGACCUCUGAAGGAUUUGUAUGCUGUUGUAAAGAUGAAGAGCUGGAAAACAGACUUGUAUUAAUACAGAAAUUUGUGCAUUUUCCUGACACCUUUUUGAAGCUUCAGGUCUGUUCUCUGAAAGAAGUGCUGGAAUUUUUGACCUGUGCCUUACCUCAAAUUUGUAUUAGAAUGGAGGAGUUGAAAGGUCUAUAUUGGCUCGCUGCUGGCAAUUGCAAAAAACCUGAUCCAGAACCUGCUUGCUUGCUUUUGUUCAGCUCUGUUCUGUAUGUUGUUGUUUUGUCAGUCAAACAAGACAUCUGCCAGAGUUCCUUGGCAAUGUUUCAUGAGGUUCCCAUCACCACAAUAAGGGAAAUUCAAGUUGGCUUUGCUGGACAGAAUAUUACUCUCUCGUGUUCCGCUGAAGAUGGUUUGCUCACAAUAUUUACCUAUAACAAACACUUCACUCAAAGAAUUUGCCAUGACAUAAUGAGCGUUUUGAUUUCUACAACGGAUGAUGCUGUUUAUUUAAAUCACCAGCUCUUGAAAGAUGAUUUGAUGCAGAUUUCGCUUGACUGGACAUCAGAAAUAAAUGACUUAGUGUUUUCAAAUGGAGUACAAUUGUCUUGUAAAUUUAGAACGGAAUUAGCUGAUCUGGUUUACUUACUCCAUGAAAAUAUGGGAAGUAUUAAACCUUCUUUAGGUGACAUUCAUGUACUGCUGUAUACCUCAGUGAAAGUAGACUGUGCUAAGCAGACUGUGGAUAGAGCUCUUGUUCUUACAACUACUCAUAUAGGUCUCUUAAGGGAAAACAAUAUCUUUUAUCUGGCACCUAACUUUUUGGAUGCUUCAUGCCAGCGAUCACAAUUUGACAGCCUUCAGUUGUACAGUUUGAAUGAUAUCCGCUGUGUAGUUUUGCCAGACAAAGAGAAUUUCACAAAAAUUGAGCUUGUGUUUUCUAGAAGGAGCAAGGUUGGAUCUGAUUCAGGAAUGGGUUUUUCUAAAUACUGUGAAAAAGAAAUAAAUACUCAACUGACAGUCAUCCCAUCAAUUCUUCAAAGCAGUUUGCAUAUCCCUUCGGAAAUCUGGAAAUUAACAUUCAGUUCAAGUGAAGAAGCCAUUUGGCUAAUUAUGCAUCUGACUAGGUGUUGA